GAGUCGCAGUCGCUGCCGCCGGCCGUGCCACCUUGCAGCCCUGAGCACCGCCGGGCCGCCCUCGGCGCGCCGUGACAGGCUGUCCCCUCGCCGCGCUCCAGGAGAAAGAACAAGAAACACGAGAAGAGGAACAUUUGAUGGAAGAAAAGAAAAAGAAAAAGCAGGAAGAAAAGAAAAAGAAAGAAGGUGCUCAGAAAAAGGCUGCUGAUCAAAAAACCAAAGUGCCAGAACCUACUAAGACCUGUUCAAGCCAGCCCCAAUCUGCCAGUACCAGUACCAUUACUUCCACCAGCACUAUCUCCAGCAGCAACAAUGGCAAACGUGCACCUGCCAGUGGCCAGCAACCAGCUGCAUCCCGUUACCUGCCUCGUGAGGUGCCUCCACGCUUCCGCCAGCAAGAACAGAAACAGCUGUUAAAGAGAGGCCAGCCAUUGCCCACAGGGACCCUGACCAGUGUGAGUCCAGCGCAGGGUGCUGGGCCUACAGGGGCAAGCCCUCCUCCCCUUCCUGGAGCUGGGCAGCAUCCCAGCAAGCUCCAACCAGAUCUUGGGCACAGUGGAUUGGCAGAUCAUUAUGAAAAUCCCCACUGGGGACAGCAGCCCCCUUACAGGAGCGAAGCCAACUGCAACUGGGAUGAAGUGAUAAUAGACAGGACUGACCAGGAGGCGUGGCCUUCCAUCACAGGAGUAGAGACUGAAUCUGCCUCAGAAUGUCCUCCAGACACUGACUCUGCCUCUACCUGUGUCUCUGAGAACAGUAGCAUGGCUACAGGGGGUGCCCAGGGCAGCUUCACAGGACAUACCAAGAAGACAAAUGGCAAUAAUGGCACCAAUGGCGCACUCGUCCAAAGCCCUUCUAAUCAGAGUGCCCUUGGGACAGGAGGAGUGAAUGGGAAUGGAAGCGCAGCCAGAGUGUGGGGGGUAGCCACAGGCUCAGGUUCGGGCCUGGCUCACUGCUCUAUUGGUGGUGGGGAUGGAAAAAUGGACAACAUGAUUGGGGAUGGAAGAAGUCAGAAUUGCUGGGGUGCUUCCAACUCCAAUGCCGGCAUUAAUCUUAACCUUAAUCCUAAUGCCAACCCAGCUGCCUGGCCUGUACUUGGACAUGAAGGAACUGUGGCAACAGGCAACCCUUCCAGUAUUUGCAGUCCAGUCAGUGCCAUUGGACAGAAUAUGGGCAGCCAGAACGGGAACCCAUCAGGCACUCUGGGUGCUUGGGGAAACUUGCUGCCACAAGAGAGCACAGAACCACAAACGUCCACUUCUCAGAAUGUGUCUUUCAGCAUACAACCUCAGAACCUUAACACUGAUGGACCAAAUAACACUAACCCCAUGAACUCUUCACCAAACCCUAUCAAUGCAAUGCAGACAAAUGGACUGCCGAACUGGGGCAUGGCUGUUGGUAUGGGGGCCAUCAUCUCGCCCCACCUGCAAGGCCUUCCUGGUGCUAACGGAUCAUCGGUUUCUCAAGGCAGUGGGGGUGGGGGUGAAGGAAUAAGCAAUUCUGUGUGGGGACUGUCCCCCAGUAACCCUGCCACGGGAAAUAGCAGUUCUGGGUUCAGUCAGGGGAAUGGAGACACUGUGAACUCAGCAUUAAGUGCUAAACAAAAUGGAUCCAGCAGUGCUGUGCAAAAGGAAGGGAAUGGAGGGAGCGCCUGGGACUCUGGGCCUCCAGCAGGCCCUGGGAUACUCACCUGGGGCAGAGGCAGUGGCAACAAUGGUGUUGGUAAUAUCCACUCGGGAGCUUGGGGCCACCCCAGCCGAAGUUCCUCUAACAGUGUGAAUGGGGAGUGGGGAAAGCCCCCAAACCAGCAUUCCAGUAGUGACAUCAAUGGGAAAGGAUCAACAGGGUGGGAUAGUCCCAGUGUUGCCAGCCAGACUUCUGCCUUGCAGCCUGGCAGUGAACACAUGAACUCUUGGGCCAAAGCUGCAUCUUCUGGAGCUACAGCAAGUGAAGGAAGUAGUGAUGGGUCUGGAAAUCAUAAUGAAGGAGGCACCGGGAGGGAGGGCACAGGAGAGGGCCGGAGGCGAGAUAAAGGGGUUAUAGACCCAGGGCACAUCCAACUGCCAAGGAAUGAUCUGGACCCCAGAGUUCUGUCUAAUACUGGUUGGGGACAGACACCUGUAAAGCAAAACACUGCCUGGGAAUUUGAAGAAUCCCCUAGGUCUGAAAGGAAAAAUGACAAUGGGACAGAGGCCUGGGGGUGUGCAGCUACUCCGCCUUCAAACUCAGGGGGGAAGAAUGAUGGGUCCAUCAUGAACAGUACAAAUACCUCUUCAGUAUCAGGGUGGGUCAGCUCACCACCUGCCACCGUGCCAGCAAACACAGGUUGGGGAGACAGCAACAACAAAGCACCAAGUGGCCCAGGGGUUUGGGGGGACUCGAUAAGCUCUACUGCUGUUAAUAAUGCUGCUGCUGCCAAGAGUGGCCAUUCUUGGAGUGGGACCGUAAAUCAGGAGGACAAAUCACCCACCUGGGGUGAGCCUCAGAAGCCCAAAUCCCAAAACUGGGGAGAGGGACAAAGAUCAAACCCUGCCUGGAGUACAGGAGGAGGGGACUGGGCAGAUUCAUCAUCUGUCCUGGGACACCUGGGGGAUGCAAAAAAAAAUGGAUCUGGAUGGGAUGCUGACAGCACUAGAUCAGGGUCUGGUUGGAAUGAUGCCACAAGAUCUGGGGCCAGUGGCUGGAGCAAUGGCACAAAUACAAAAGCAAAUCCAGGUACAAACUGGGGCGAAUCUCUGAAACCUGGUCCCCAGCAGAACUGGGCCAACAAACCCCAAGACAACAAUGUGAGUAACUGGGGAGGAGCUGCUUCUGUUAAACAGACAGGGACAGGAUGGAUUGGGGGACCAGUACCAGUCAAGCAGAAGGACAACAGUGAGGCCACUGGCUGGGAAGAACCCUCUCCACCAUCUAUCAGACGCAAAAUGGAAAUCGAUGAUGGUACCUCAGCUUGGGGGGACCCAAGCAAUUACAACAAUAAAACUGUAAACAUGUGGGACAGAAACAACCCAGUCAUGCAGAGCAGUACCACGACCAACACCCCCACCACCACCCCCACUACAACCAACCCCACACACCAUGGAGAGACACCACCUCCACACCAGGCUGGCACUCAGCUGAAUCGGUCACCUUUGCUUGGGCCAGUUUCAUCAGGCUGGGGAGAAAUGCCUAAUGUCCACUCAAAGGCUGAAAAUGCAUGGGGAGAGCCAUCUUCUCCAUCCACUCUAGUCGACAACGGCACAGCAGCAUGGGGGAAGCCACCCAACAGUGGUAGCGGAUGGGGAGAUCACCCUGCUGAGCCAGCGGUGACCUUUGGAAGAGCUGGCGCACCCACUGCCACCCCAGCCCUGUGUAAACCAGCUUCCAAAUCUAUGCAAGAAGGCUGGGGCAGUGGUGGGGACGAAAUGAACCUGGGCACCGGCCAGUGGGAGGAUGAGGAAGGGGACAUGUGGAAUAAUGCUGCUUCCCAAGAAAGCGCCUCCUCCUGCAGCUCCUGGGGUAAUGCCCCCAAGAAAGGACUUCAGAAGGGCAUGAAGACAUCUGGCAAGCAGGAUGAGGCUUGGAUCAUGAGCCGGCUGAUCAAACAACUCACAGACAUGGGCUUCCCGAGAGAGCCAGCUGAAGAGGCCUUGAAGAGCAACAAUAUGAACCUUGACCAGGCCAUGAGCGCUCUGCUGGAAAAGAAGGUGGACGUGGACAAGCGUGGACUGGGAGUGACUGACUAUAAUGGAAUGGUCACUAAACCCCUCAGCUGUCGCCCACCAAUCUCCAAAGAGUCUUCCAUGGACCGUCCCACCUUUCUUGACAAGGAUGGCGGCCUCGUGGAAGAGCCCACGACUUCACCGUUUUUGCCUUCCCCAAGCCUGAAGCUCCCCCUUUCCAACAGUGCACUCCCCAAUCAGGCCCUGGGUGGGAUUGCCUCAGGGCUGGGCGUGCAAAACUUGAACUCUUCUCGACAGAUCCCGAGUGGCAAUCUGGGUGUGUUUGGCAAUAGCGGAGCAGCACAAGCCAGGACCAUGCAGCAGCCGCCACAGCCACCAGUGCAGCCUCUUAACUCCUCCCAGCCCAGCCUCCGAGCUCAAGUGCCUCAGUUUCUAUCCCCUCAGGUUCAAGCACAGCUUUUGCAGUUUGCAGCAAAAAACAUUGGUCUCAACCCUGCACUAUUAACCUCGCCUAUUAAUCCUCAGCAUAUGACGAUGUUGAACCAGCUCUAUCAGCUGCAGCUGGCAUACCAACGUUUACAAAUCCAGCAGCAGAUGUUACAGGCCCAGCGUAAUGUUUCCGGACCCAUGAGACAACAGGAGCAGCAAGUCGCGCGCACAAUCACUAAUCUGCAGCAGCAGAUCCAGCAGCACCAGCGCCAGCUGGCCCAGGCCCUGCUCGUGAAGCAGCCACCACCGCCACCCCCGCCACACCUGUCUCUGCACCCCUCUGCAGGCAAAUCAGCCAUGGACAGCUUCCCCCCACACCCGCAGGCUCCCGGCCUACCUGACCUGCAGACCAAAGAGCAGCAGUCUUCACCCAAUACCUUUGCUCCUUACCCUCUCGCUGGACUAAACCCAAACAUGAAUGUCAGCAGCAUGGACAUGACCAGUGGCUUGUCAGUGAAGGACCCAUCUCAGUCCCAGUCACGCCUCCCUCAGUGGACACACCCCAACUCGAUGGACAGCUUGUCCAGUGCUGCUUCUCCUAUGGAUCAGAAUCCCAGCAAGCAUGGUGCUAUCCCUGGAGGUCUAAGCAUUGGGCCUCCAGGUAAGUCCUCCAUUGAUGACUCCUAUGGCCGGUACGAUUUAAUCCAGAAUAGUGAGUCACCAGCCAGUCCUCCUGUAGCUGUUCCCCAUAGCUGGUCACGUGCCAAAUCUGACAGUGAUAAAAUCUCAAAUGGCUCCAGCAUCAACUGGCCCCCAGAGUUCCACCCUGGAGUUCCGUGGAAAGGACUUCAGAACAUUGAUCCCGAGAAUGACCCUGACGUCACUCCUGGCAGUGUCCCCACUGGGCCUACCAUCAACACCACCAUCCAGGACGUCAACCGCUACCUCCUCAAGAGUGGAGGUAAACUGUCAGACAUUAAAUCGACAUGGUCCUCGGGCCCAGCCUCCCACACACAAGCCUCUCUGUCUCAUGAGCUGUGGAAGGUGCCCAGAAACACUACUGCACCCACCAGGCCCCCACCAGGGCUAGCCAAUCCCAAGCCUUCCUCCACCUGGGGUGCCAGCCCCCUCGGCUGGACCAGCUCCUACUCCUCCGGUUCUGCUUGGAGUACUGACACCUCAGGAAGAACAAGCAGCUGGCUCGUUCUUCGCAACCUCACACCCCAGAUUGAUGGUUCCACCCUGCGGACGCUGUGUCUGCAGCAUGGGCCUCUCAUCACAUUCCACCUGAACCUGACCCAAGGCAAUGCCGUGGUCCGCUACAGCUCUAAGGAGGAAGCUGCCAAGGCCCAGAAAUCUCUGCACAUGUGUGUGCUGGGAAACACUACCAUCCUGGCUGAGUUUGCAGGUGAAGAAGAAGUGAACCGGUUCCUGGCCCAAGGCCAAGCCCUGCCACCCACCUCCAGCUGGCAGUCCAGCAGCGGGAGCAGCCAGCCACGGCUGGGUGCCUCAGGCAGCACCCAUGGCCUGGUGCGAAGCGAUGCCACCCAUUGGGGUGCCCCAUGCCUGGGUAGCAAGGGGAGCAGUGAGCUGCUGUGGGGCGGAGGGCCCCAGUACUCGAGCAGCCUGUGGGGCCCACCCAGUGCUGAUGAUGGCAGGCUGAUCGGCAGCCCCACUCCACUGAAUACGCUGCUGCCAGGGGACCUGCUCAGUGGGGAGUCCAUCUAGGGCCACAGGCAUCCCUCAAGGUGAGGAAGAGUGCCAGCCUCCGUUCCCAAGGUCCCAGCGCACUGUGGUCCUGCCAGACAAGCAGCCUGCGGCCCUUUUGAGUACCUCUGUCCAGUUUUGAAGACAAACCUUCGCCGCAGCCCUUGUGAACUGUUCUGAAACAGUGCGGGCUGCAUUUGGUCAGUGUCACAUGCUAACGACAGGAUGUUCCUCAUAGCUUUUUAUUUUGUGUCGUCUUACAUUUGUAUGGUGUGUUGUCAUUUUGAGUUUUUAAGUAUAAAAGCUGCUUAGAAUAGUUCUAUCAUGAAGGGCACUUUUCAGAUUGUGGGCUGGAAAGGGUUAUUUUAUCGUGGGCAGGGAGGGAGGGAAACGUGAAGCCUAUUUAAAGUGAGCCUGUGACGAUUAUGCACAUUACCAGAGGCGGUGGGGCAUGGAGCAUGGGCGCAGAGCUGAGCGGGCACCCUCUGCCGUCACUCUCUGUUCCUCUGAUCCGCCUAUGCACAUUACCCUUAUUUCAUUACUUUUUCAUGUCAUUUUUUUAUCCCAAAAAAUAUUUUUUAAAAGUUUAAAAAAAAGACAUAUCAAACAUGCAAAUACUUGAAUCCAGCAGGCCAAUAAUGAAAUGUGAACACUUUCUAAGUCUAAUUCUACACUUCCAGGUUGACAUCAGUACACAGAAACAGGCUCUAGGAAAAAUUUCUAAGUUCAUAGCCUAUGUGUGUGUGUGUGUGUGUGUGUGUGUAUGUAUGUGUGCGCGCGCAACAGUAUGCAAGAGUGUGUGUGUGUGUGUGUGUGCUCCUGCAUGGUGCACGCUUCCUGUGUGUGAGAGAGAUUUAACUGUGGGUUUUCCCUUUUAUUCAGUAUAUGCUUUUUUUUUGGCGCAUUGGUCAAAUGUUUGUUAUUAUUAGCUUCUAACUUUGCACUGAGGUGUCCCUGCCCUUCCUUUAGCUAAUCCUAAACAUUAAAGCGAAUUCACAGGACAGGGCUGGUGACAAUUCAUGUGUAAAUGUUUACUCAAGGACUCUGUUAAUUGCGUUUAAAAUUACAGUGUAUAUCUCUGGAGAAAUAAUAUGUAUAUCUACCUUUAGCAGCUUUUUAUUGUGGACUAAUGCAAGAAAACUAUUACCAGAGUAUUGCACCAUUUUUUCCAUUUGGGAUAUAAAGUUAAAGAGAAAAAACUGUUGCUGAACUGUGGCCAUAGAUACUUGUAAAGAAUGGAUGGUUCCGCCAAAGGACUGGGCGGAAG